AUGGCCGCUGCUGCCGAUACGCCCCGCUACGAAUCUUCAGCAGGAGAACUCUCUUCGCCCCCGUCGGGCUCGCUCUCGGAGCCAGGAUCGCCCUCGCGCCUCACCGCCGGCCGCCCAGGUAGCAACAACGUCAGUCGCACCAUGGAUCAAGGGGAAAUUGUCGUUGGCAACGGCGACCAGCGCCAGCCGUCCUCAUCGCAGUCCCAGUCGAGACAGAUCACCUUCCAACAAUACCAGCAGCCCUCGCCCACUGCAGUCACGGGCAAUGGAACCAGCAGCGGUGUUAGUGCAAGCCGCACACAGUCGCAGAAGCGAUACGAACUCAUCGAUGGCCAAUGGGUGCAGUUGACGGCCGCCGGCAUCCCUCGCAAGAAGCCCGGCCGCAAGCCCGGCACCAUCGUGAAGCCCAAGACGACCCCCGACGGCGCCCCCGAGCCGCCCAAGGCCCGCAAGCCCCGGAAGCCUCGUGACCCAAACGCUCCGCCCGUUCAGCGCAAACGCAAGCUUGCCCCUGCCUCGGAUAUCGACACGGACGGCGACGCCCCACGGCCUGCCGCCGCCCCUGCCUCGGGAUCGCACAUGACAACCACGAGCGCCGCGCCCACAUCGGUUCCUUCUCAGCACCAAGCACAGGACAAUCAUCAGCAGCAGCGCGAGCGCCAGCCUCCCGCAGAGCAACAGCAUCGCUCUUCACCCAAGAUGCCCAAGCGCGAGGGCUAUCCCGGGUCCAUGCAGAGCAUUCUCAAUGCCGACCCGCCUGUCCAGGCCUCUGCAACCACCACUGCCGCCAGCACCUCGGUUCCGGUGCGCAGCAGCGGCUUGAGCUACGACCCAAUUCGCGGUAAUUACGAUCCCGUGCGCGAGACCAUCACGGCUCACGGCACAAGCCAGUUUUCGUCGACAUCGGGCUCUCCUCGGGGGCCGACUCAACUGGCCCACCGCUCGCCAUCUAUUGCCAGCAUGCUCGAGCCCCAGGCUCCUACCGCGACGUCGCCAACCCAGUCACACCACCAAGGCCACCGGGGGGCCUCAACCCAGUCGAGGCUGCACGCAAAAGAGUCGCCCUCGAUGCCUCCUUCGCCCUCGUACAGACCUGCCUCGAAUGCCACGCCAACCCCGCGCCAGACAGCGCAGGACGCGAAAAAGGAGUCGGCCCAAGACGCGAAAAAGGAGACUCCGCCACCGCCGCCGCCGCCGGCCCCACGGCCUGUUGUGAACCAAGCCAGAUUUACCACUAUUGCUAACGGCCCCGUGCGCAAAACUGACAAGUCUCAUACUGGCGUCUCCACGCCCAAGACGGACAACCUGGACGACGUGGGCCAAGAAAGCGAAAGUAGAUCCAUUCUCGACUUCGGCAAGGCGAGGCCCGGUGAGGAGCUACUGGCCCCAACCAUUAUUCUCAAAAUCCCCAUCAAGAACGGCGAGACCAACAAAUACGUCAACUUUACGCGCCUGGCCGAGGAGCGAUAUGGAUGGGACGCACUGCACCCUCGACUCGCGGCCAACCGAGACCGCAAGGCUCGCAUUGCCGCCGCCGCCGCAUCUCUCGAGAAGGUCGACUCGGGCCGCGAGUCGGGCGACGAGAUGUCGGUAGACUUGUCCGACGGCGAGGCGAGCAACCCGGAAAACGGCGGAACCAGUGGACCAGAUGCGCAAGCCAAGCCCAAGAAGAAGCGCAACUUCAAGGAGGAUCAGUACGACGUGGACGAUGACUUUGUCGACGAUUCGGAGAUGCUCUGGGAGGCGCAGGCUGCAGCGAGUAGGGAUGGGUUUUUCGUGUAUUCGGGCCCUCUGGUGCCCGAAGUAGAGCGGCCUCCGCCCGGUCAGGACGGACCACCUAAGCGUGGACGCGGCAGUAGGGGCGGUCGCGGCGGCAGGGGAGCGGCGAGAGGAGGCGCCACUGGUCGCGGCGGUGGCCCGGGUUCUCGAGGUGGCACCGUCGGCCGCAAACCUCGAAUUACCAAGUCGGAAAAGCUUCAGCGCGAACGAGAAAAGGCCGAUCGCGAGAGUGCGGCCCAACUUUCCAAGACGCCCACAAACGCGUACGCGCUUCAACCUACUACGCCGUCCUUUACAGUCAGCGAGAUUGGUGCUUAA